UGAAUCAAUAUGUAAUGCUUGGCAAAUUAACCCGGGUCACACAUGUGAAGCGUUCAGAUUAAGACCUUUAAUUCAGGAGUGCUGAUGCUAAAGGUGUUACCUCAGCUAAAUGCACCCGUUUUUAGUUUAAACAGGAACAGGCAGGGUUGGAUAGAAAGAAAAAAAAAAAAAGGCUCUGACACAUAAAUUUUACAGUGUGUCAAAGUAGGAUCUAAUUAAGUAGAGUCAAUGUACGCUUCAACAAAAACAUUAAAAUGACGCCUGGCCUACUUAUCUUGUCCGGAGGUGAAAAUGUUCCAUCAUGCAGAAACAUUGUGUGUUUUCUACUCUGGGCUUCUUGUUAUUAGGACUGCACUCAUGUUCUGUGUUCUCACACAUUUCUUAUCCCUUUUGACACUCUGCGCUCCCGAGCAAAGUGUGGAGCGGCCUUUCAAGUGUGAGGCAAACACGUGCAGCCAUAACGUCCCGUCGCUUUCUUUGACAUUAAUUUUACAUGAGUAAAUGGCUGAACUGCCUCCCCCUCCUCUGUAUGGAGGAAUAAACAUGAGCUUCCACAUUUAUAUUUGAUUUUGUCAGGCGAUUUGAAGAUGGAAUAAUUAGACCAGAAACUCUGGAAGGCUCUGCAGUGGAUAAAUAUCCUCUGGAUGUGUGCUGAUGCUCCUAGAGACAUCUUACACUUGAAUUAAUUUGAACUGGAUGCUUUCUUUUUGCUGUGAUUACAUAUGUUCUUAUAACUGUAAACAGUUAAGUCCUCAUUUAAAUGAUAAGAACAAUUAUGAACAGAUUUACACUAGACGAAGGGAUGAUGAUACUGGCUCAUGUCAACAGUUUUCCUCCAACCUUGUGAAGGGUCUCCUUUUAGGGAAACAAAUUAAAAUUCCAAGAAGAAAGCUGAUACAAUUCUGUAAUAUUUUGUAUUUAAUGUCUUUUGACUGGAAUUGGUUCACCGUCCACAAUCUGUCACUGCUCACAAAUGUUUGGAAUCUUUAAUAACAUUCAAUGAAUCGUGGUUGUUUUAAUUCUUCAUGACUCCCUAACAGUAAAUUAAACAUGUUCUAAUUCUUAAAUCUAUCUGCUAAUCUGCUGCUGCCAGAGGCAGCACUGUCACCCUCUCUACUUUGAAAAUGUUCCUGUCUCUUUAAAUAUUCUUGCAGUACAUCCUUGAACAUGCAUAUGGCCAUAAAAAAGAGAUAAAGCUUGAAGUCAUCUACACAAACAUGGGCAGAAUAAAAACUUGCCCGGGUUUUUGAAUUAUACAGCAGCAGCUUCCUGGAUUUUACACCUGCAGAGAGGGAGGGACGCUCAGCUGAGUCCAGAAGGCAGCACCGAGCUGGAAGAGACACAACAAGUUCCCUGCAUCCCUGCAUCCCUGCUUCUCCGCUUCUUUUUUUUCUUUUUCAGUUUUUUCCCCUCCAUUGGAUUUAUAUCCACUGUUUGGACUGACAGAGAAUGCUGCUGCACAUGUUUUAUGUGCUGUUGGCUUCGUCUGUCACUUUUCUGCCAGGCAGCUCUGUGCUCUGUAAGGAGAUGAAGCUCCCCAGCAGAGCAGCCAAGCCUCCCUCUCCAUCUGACUUUCUGGACAAACUGAUGGGACGCACAUCUGGCUACGAUGCUCGCAUCAGACCAAACUUCAAAGGUCCUCCUGUUAACGUCACCUGUAACAUCUUCAUCAACAGCUUUGGCUCCAUCACUGAAACAACCAUGGACUACCGGCUCAAUGUGUUUCUGCGACAGCAGUGGAACGACCCUCGCCUGGCAUAUAAGGAAUACCCUGAUGACUCUUUGGACCUGGACCCCUCCAUGUUGGACUCCAUUUGGAAACCAGACCUGUUCUUUGCAAAUGAGAAGGGAGCCAACUUUCACGAGGUCACGACGGAUAACAAACUGCUCCGCAUAUUUCAGAACGGAAACGUCCUCUACAGCAUCAGGUUGACGCUCACCCUCUCCUGUCCCAUGGAUCUGAAAAACUUCCCCAUGGACAGCCAGACGUGUACGAUGCAGCUUGAGAGCUUUGGCUACACCAUGAAUGAUCUUAUUUUUGAGUGGCUGAAUGUGGGAGCGGUGCAGGUAGCCGAUGAUCUCACGCUCCCUCAGUUUGUGCUGAAAGAGGAGCAAGGCCUCGGAUACUGCACCAAACACUACAACACAGGUAAAUUCACCUGCAUCGAAGUCAACUUCUACCUGGAGCGUCAGAUGGGCUACUACUUGAUCCAGAUGUACAUACCCAGCCUGCUCACCGUCAUCCUGUCCUGGGUCUCCUUCUGGAUCAACAUGGAUGCGGCUCCAGCUAGGGUGGGACUAGGAAUCACCACGGUGCUCACCAUGACGACGCAGAGCUCUGGCUCCAGGGCCUCACUGCCAAAGGUGUCCUAUGUGAAAGCCAUCGACAUCUGGAUGGCCGUGUGUCUCCUGUUCGUGUUUGCUGCCCUGCUGGAGUAUGCAGCCGUUAAUUUUGUUUCCCGCCAGCACAAGGAGUUCUUUCGACUGAGGAGGAAGCUGAAGGAGCAACAGCGGCAGAGAACUCAGGCGAGUGGUGACAGCAAGGCGAAAGGAAACAACAUGUCAGGCAACAUUGCUCCUCAUGGGAACCAGCGGUGCAGCGUCUGUGCCAGGGAGGAAGAGCUGGCACAGCAGGGUUUACUCUUCCAGAGUUUUGGACUUGCAAGUGCACCGGAAAUGGAUGCAACUCCAAUUUUUGCAGAUCUCCCUCCAGGUUUAGGUUUCUAUGACAUACGCAGGCGCUUUGUCGAUCGGGCAAAAAGGAUUGAUACCAUCUCUAGAGCCGUUUUCCCUAUGAGCUUCCUCAUGUUCAAUGUCCUCUACUGGCUCACCUACAAAGUUCUACGACAUGAGGACCUUCAUGCCACAAUGUGACAACGCGAAGGCGGAGCAUAAAGACACUGGAAACCUUUAAUUCUACUCUCUUUACUGAAACAUUUACAGGCUGAGGGUCCUCAGUCGAGACAUAACAGAGGAGUUGUGGCUGCAUGUCCAGUGGCAUCCAUCAGUUUCAUUCAAUUUUCAUACUUCCAAAGACAUGCACUUCUUUUCUGCACUGAUGACAUGAUGACACUGAUGACAUCACACCUCUGUCUAUGCGUGUACAAUAGGCAUCUUUAAUAUCUCAAAUCACAUGUUUUCUGUAAACAUUUCUGUUUGUGCAGUUACCAUAGCUUCACAUGCAUUUGGACUGCAGCACAUUCUUACCAGGCCUGAGGUUGUGCAUUAUCUUAAUGUGAGCCCUGUUCAACAGUGCCAUGAUCAUUUAACACUAGAAGAAGAAGAUGCAGUUUAAACUGUAAAAACUCUGCUUUGUUUAAUAUCACAGAUACAGUGUGCUUCAUUGAUCUGGGAGAUACA